AUGGAGCCCAAAGAUUCUUACGCAUCUCUGGUAAAAGGUCUUGAGCCUUUUAACGUCACCGGAGAUUUCAACCCUUGUGCGCUCCUGCUCACGGGAGACGAAGCUUUCCCGGUGCUUGUGAGUACGAAGGGGCAUGUGCUAAUAGCCGCAAGCCAGUACGGGGCAGGCCGGAUCGUGGUCACGGCGCACGAAGCCAUGCUGCAACUGCCCCAGUUCCUGCCGUUCAUCAAAAACAGCCUGGAGUGGGUCAAGCCGUCCCCGACAGCAGCAGUAGGGGUCCACAAUAGCAUGAAGGCCCUCUCUGAGUUGCUUCUCAGUCAUGAUGUCAAAGUGAAAUCGGAUGCGGCCCUUGCUGACACCUUCGGGGCCUAUUGCACCAGCGCCUAUGAUGGCAGCCAAGCCCAUCAGCUGGUGGAAUUUGUGAAGAAUGGCGGGGGGCUGCUCAUAGGUGGGCAGGCCUGGUAUUGGGCAUAUGACCAUGGCUACGAGAAGGCCCUGGCUCUUUUUCCUGGCAACCGGAUGAUAGGAAUAGCCGGAGUGUACUUCACUGCCAAUAUGGGGGAGAAUGGGAUCUUUCCUGUGUCCCAGAAUAUACCAGAGGUUCCUUUGAUCACCCAGCCCAAGGUAGAUGUUGAGGGUGACUUGAAGAUUCUUCUGAAUGGUGUGACCGACUUUGACUUAAAGGACAUGAGACCUUCUAGCCUGAUUAUCCAUGGGAAUCUGGCAUUUCCAGUGGCCAUAACUGAUUCCUUCCAGUCCUUUGUUGGAGCCGCCUACUACGGCAGGGGACGUGUUGUGGUCACCUCUCAUGAAGAGAUGCUCAACAGACCAUCCAUGAAAACUUUCCUCCUCAAUGCCAUUGACUGGGUUACUGAUAGAAAGGUAGGGAAAGUUGGCGUCGGAGACCAAUUGAAGGAACUUUACUCCAUGCUAAAUCAGGCUGGGAUCCCUUGUGAGCUAACCAAUCUUAAGCCUGGCUUAAGUGUGUACUGCUGCACAACUUACAGUGACACAGAGAAGGAAAGAAUCCACGAAUUCGUCUCUGAGGGAGGUGGUCUCCUGAUUGGUGGAGAAGCUUGGUUUUGGGAAGACGAGCAUCCUGGUACCCAUGCCAUUGCACAGUAUCCAGGAAACAAGAUACUGAAGAAAUUUGGAAUUGGGAUCACUGGGGUCAUACCUAGCGAAAGCUACCCGGCGAGACAGGCCAGCGUUCUUGCUUCGAGCUAUCGCUUCCGGGAAGCGCUCUUCCAAUUCAAGGAACACAUUCGGAGCAAGCAAGACCUGCAGCCUCCGUAUUCCUCAUGGCUCAAGAAGCUAGGACAAGACUGUGCCACAUUCCUGAGCAUCCCAGCUACCAACUCUCCACCUCUCUCCUCGGUCCAUGAGGAAAUGCUGGAGCUCAUCAAGCUGAGAGGGAUUCCUGACGUCAGUGCAGACAAACCAAUCAAAAGCUGCACAGAUGAAGCCAUUUUGAUUCAAAUGGCGUUUUCGCUCUACAACAAUCUUCCAGAUUUCCAAAAGCUAGUGCCUAGCCUGAGCCCAAACCUUCCCAAGUAUCCUGCAGCGCCAUCACAAGUCAUUCAGAUCAAUGGAACAAAUGAUGGAGACAAAGCCUGGAGAAGCACCGGCCUUUAUGUUCCUCCGGCAAAGACCGUCACUUUGCUCUUUCCGCCCAACGCCAUCAGUGCUCAGCUGCAGGUCCAGAUUGACUGUGGUUCCGAUGACCUGAGCGACGCCGAGGAGUUUCGGCGUCCUCCGGUAGUGAUGAGGAGGUUUGAAGUGAAGAGCGAAAGAAUGGAAGUCUCCAGCUUCUGGGGCGGCCUCUUGUACAUCGUGCUGCCAAAGAAGUCUUCCCUGGGCACCAUAUCAGUCACCAUCGAAGGGGCUUCCCUGGCUCCUUAUUUUAAGCUUGGUGAGACGAGCCCAUCUGCUUGGAAUGACAUCCGCCACUUCCCUGCUCCUUGGGCCGAGUUAGAAACGGAGAAUAUCAUCUUCACGGUGCCCUCACAAGAUGUCCGUACAAUGGACAAUCUAAAGGACGUGCUCAUCAUCUGGGGCGAGAUGAUGAAAGCAGUGGCCAAGUUAGCAGCCAUCCCUCCCAUUUUCCCCAGACCAGAAAGAAUAGUGGAAGAUGUCCAAAUAUCUGCAAGCGGGAUGCAUGCCGGCUAUCCGAUCAUGUCUGAUGUGACCGUGUCAGUGAAGAUCACCGAUAUGCAAAUGUACACCGAGGGGGCCUGGGAUGUUCUCCGGGAGCUGGGUCACAACCAGCAGAGGAGUGAGUGGGAUUUCCCACCCCAUACCACAGAUGCCACCUGCUAUCUCUGGUCCAUCUACGUCAAUGAAACUGUGCUGGACAUCCCAAGAGAGAAAGCCCACCCGGAUCUUGACCCCAAUGUGAGGAAGAAGAGGGUGAAGGACUAUAUUCAAGGUGGAGCUCAGCUGAAGGACUUCACGGCGUGGACUGCGCUGGAACCCUACUUACAGUUGCAGGAGGCCUUUGGCUGGGACCCCUACAUCCGCAUCUUCGCAGAGUACCAAAAGAUAACCUCCAUCUCAAAUGACAACACCUUCAAGAUGAAUCAGUGGGCAAUACGCUUCUCUACAGAGGUGAAGAAGGACCUGGGCCCUUUCUUUAAAGCCUGGGGGUGGCCGAUUACGGAUGAGCUCAUUCAGGAGCUGGCCAGGUCCUUCGGUCCCUGGACAGGGGAUCCAAUGAAGGAGUACGAAUAGUCCUGAGGAAGCACAAGCGAACAGAGGUCGAAACUGGCUAAACACAGUGAGCUUGCACAAAAUCGACCCCUCGCAACACAAAUUCCUUUGUCGUGAUUCGCUUGCCAGCUACUGAUGAUACGGAGCAGUUUAUUUGGCUGCUGCUGCUGCCUUAAAAAAUAUAAGCACCUCUUGCUGAGUUGCCAUUUAUUGCUGUACCCGAAGGAGCCUGGUUUAUGGGCCUCUCCAGACUGGUGUUUUACCGCUGGUGUAUCCCGCAGCUGUGGUGCAGCACGUUCAGCAAAGCUAAGCAGGGUCUGGUGUGGUUUCAAAUUGGAUGGGGGACUUGCGUGUUGAG